AUGGAUUCUCAGUCAUUUGGACCUUCAUUGUUUGCUUUACAUAUCACUAGUGUUCUAGUUCGUGCUUUACAAUACUGGGUAAAAUCGAAGACAUGUCAGAAAUAUAUUCUUUUCCGUUUUCAUCACGGUGGAGUUUUUACCGAAGCUCCUGUCGCCAAAUACAUUUGUGAGGUGGUUGAAAUAAUUAAUAACUCAUUGCAUGAUGAGAAUAGGGCAGAACAAUAUGCUGAACAGGUUGUGGAGGCUACAGUAAAUACAGCUGUAGAAAACAUUCAAAUUGAAAAUGGAGAGAGAGAUUUAGAUGCUGGUGGUGAAAAUACAGAGGUGGAUUUAUCAGAUUUGUUGUCUAGUGACACUGAUUUAGAUGAUAUACCUGAGGAAUAUGAUAGACAAGUAAGAGAGACAAAUAUACUGAAAAAUUGGGGAGGGGGUGGUGAGGAUUACUAUGAUAGUAGUGAUAUAAGAAGUGAUGAUAGUCAAGAUGAGCUAGAUGUGCUAGUUGAACUUGGUAUUGACUUACCAGCUAGAAGGAGUAGUAAGAAGCUCAGGUUUGACCUAGACUGUUGGUUGGCUAUUUUUGAACUUGGUAUGGUCUUUGAAGGUGUUGUUGAGUUUAGGAAGGCUGUUCAAUCCUAUGCUGUUGAAAACAAAGUGCAGCUCACACUUAAGCCUAAUGAGAAACAUAUAGUUAAGUACAAAAGUAAGGGUUUGUGCAAAUGGAAGCUACAUGCAAGCACAUAUAGAGAUUCUGGUGAUUUUAUGGUGAAAAAGUAUCAUCCAUGGCAUGAGUGUACCACCAAAAAUAAGAACAUGUUGUGCACUUCUAAGUACAUUGCUCAUAAAUUUAAGGAUAGAAUAGUUUCACAACCAAACAUUAAAUUGUGGGAGAUUCAAGAUUGGGUUAGGAAGAAGCUUGUUUUGUAUAUUGGGAGGACUAUAGCAUACAGAGUUAAGUCUAUUGUAAUGCAGGAGUUCAUGGAGGACUGGAAACUAGAAUUUUUCAAAUUAGCUGACUAUGCUGACACAACUAGGAGGACAAAUCCAGGGAGUUCUUGCUGGAUAAGAAUUGAUAGUGACACUGUACCAGGGAAGCACUUAUUUGUCUACUUUUAUGUAUGUUUUGAUGCUCUUAAAAAGGGAUGGUUAGAAGGGUGCAGGGGAAUCAGUGGCUUUGAUGGAUACUUCUUGAAGGGGUUAUAUAAAGGUGAAUUGUUGGUAGCAGUUGGAAAAAAUAGGAACAGUCAGAUAUUUCUAAUAGCAUGGGCAGUUGUGGAUCAAGAGACAAAACAUUCUUGA